AUGGCCAGUACCAGCAAAGGGGAUCAUCAUGAUUACUCCGAUUCUUCGGAUUCAGAAAGGGAGGCAAAAAGAUUAAAGUUUAAAAACGUAAACAGACGAGAAAAUAGACCACAAAAAUAUAGAUGUGAAUGGGAAAGCAAUCCUCAUUUCAAAGGAUGGUUGAAAGCUGUUAAAGAAAAACCCACUCGAGCAAAAUGUAUUGCUUGUGAUAGUGAAAUUCAAGCAGAUUUAACUGUAUUGAAAAAUCACAGUAAGGGAGCUAAACAUUUAAAAAAUGUAAAGGUGAAAAAUCAACCAAAAAUUUCUACUAUGUUUUCUAAUAAAAACGAAGCUAGUGGUCAAGUGAGUAGGGCAGAAAUAAAAAUUGCUGCAUUAAUAUCAGAGCAUAAUCUACCCAUCAAGCUGUGUGAUCAUCUGAUUCCUGUAUUAAAAGACAUAUUUCCUGACUCGAAAAUUGCCCAAUGA